GGAGAGGUUUAUUUAUAUUUAACCUAAAUAUACUGGUUUUUCAUUACUCAGUGCAAUAUUUUAAAUUGUAUACAAUAUAAUUCUCAAUGUGAAGGGAUAACAAUGCUUUGGAUAGCAAUUGUAUUGAAAGUUACAGUUGCAGCGGCAUACAGCGUACUUUGUCCGACAAUAGAAGAUCCCUGUUACCGCUACAAUGGUCCCCUUGAGAUACCGGAUAUGGACACACGUCACCCGAGCAUAAAGAUUGAAACUGGGGCAUACUCGCAAGAUGUUUACAAACUGAGGUUCGGGCUGUGGUACAUCUCGGACUUUCCGUUGACCUCAGCGGUUGUGGAAAACGGCAAUUGUGGAACCAAGUUUCCCAGUUGGAUUAAUGGAUCAACGCUAAAGUUAGGUGAUGGCUAUGUCAACCAAACUGCAUGUGUGAAAGACUUCUUCGACGCAUGCGCGAACACCUACACCGUGCUGGCCAAGAACUGGGGUUAUUACUACGUCUACUGCUUCUGGGCUUUGCCGUACGCGGACCAGAGGUUCUGUGUAGAUGUUGACUUGAGUAAAGUUACAACAACAACAACUACACCAGCUGCGACAACAACAACCAAACAAACUGCUACAAAAGUCAAAACAGCGGAAUAUUAUCAUGAGACUUCAAAGCAAUCCGGAGAAACAUUGUGUGCGGAGAUGUUUCUUCCCCCAAGUCUGAACCGGCACAAUUCACUGCGAAUGAAAAAUGGAAAGUUCCCUCAGGCUUUCCUUCAAAUCUCACUGAAACAAUGCGAAGUGUGCAAGCCCCAAACGUCCCCGAAUAAUCUACAGACAGCAAGAACAGCCCACCAGAUGGAACAGGAAAGCAUAAUACAACACAGCCACAUAUUGUUUAAUGGGAUGGUUUGGAUAUUUUGUUUGUGUUAUGACUUUAACAGUACUAGAAAUAUAUGGACUUUAUUUGGUAUUGCUUAACCAUUUUGCUUUACUGUUGUUUUGAUAAUUGCUGCUUAUCUUUGUAUAGUGGAUAUCGCGUUGUUAAAGAAAAAACCAAGUGAAACUUCCCAUACACCCGUGGUAAGACAUCUUACUAUAUAGCACGAUGUCGUUUAUGUAUGAAAAGCAACAGAUCGGCAAGCAGUUUGACAACGCGCAAAGCACAAGACACAAUGCAAAGUCGCACAACAAACGCAAACAAUGAAUAAAUCUUGCACAACCAGCUUUGAGCGGUUAUAGCAUAGCCUUGGAGGCAACCGCUUGUAUCACGGUGCCUAACCAAUACGGAUAAUAUCGGAAACAUUUGAACGUUUCCGGAUAAUACCCGAAACGGCACCAGAUCAUAGCAGAAAUAUUUUGACUGUUUUGAGGUAUGUUUUUUUAUUUAAAUAUUCUAUUUUUUACGUAAACAUUAUUCACCAAACCAAUAUUCCACGGAACAACUAAGACAUUCAUUCAGUAAAUUGCAUACUCGUGCUCAGUAACAAAAACGUCAUUAUGCAGUGGGGACCUAUAUCGUCCAACAGUUUAUGCACAAAACCUGUGGAAACGGAAGUAAAAUGCAGAUAUUGGUCCAUAUUAACAACGAAAUUUAAAUUUAGGAGCUAGUUUCCUGAUGAAAACGGCAGAAUAAUUAUUGAUAAAUCAUUGCCAUGAUGAGUGACGGUUUCGUUUGUAGAAAAAAACAUCUAUUUUAUGUGCCCAUUGCUGGCAUCGGAUAAUGCAUGAAAUAGGCACCGGAUAAUAGCCGAGACUAAUGCAUUUAAGUACAUGUAUAGCACGUAUUGGAUUCUGCUGAUAUGGUAAUCAUUUUAAGAAUUUCUUGAUUUUAUAUUGUUUAAUGAAAUGGGUUUGUUACUUCUCGUCCCUCAGCCCUGACCACUGUCUUAACGCAUGAAAGAUGUCUUGACCCUACACUGAAAAUGUUAUUAAAACUAGGCAUUUAAGGUUACACAUGUUAUUGGUUCUUAAAAAUCUGAUGUAGAACGCGUGCUAUUGUUGAACGUCCGAUUCAGCAAUAAUAUUUA